GAAGCGAAACACGGUGAUCCCCAAAACCCACUUUGUGGUUCGCAUCAGGUGUGUGUCAAUUCCGUGGGUGCUUACCGAUGUGUCACCUUGACUGACUGUCCUAAGGGCUUCCAUCGUGCAUCUCCCAUGGCUUCCUGCACUGACAUUAACGAAUGCGAAGUUUUUCGUCCCGAUGAGUCCUGUCCCGAUAAGCGCGCGCGAUGUGUGAACACAGCGGGGAGUUACCGGUGCAUCUGCCCCGACGGUUUCGUUUGGCAUGGCUACCCAGUCUACUCCUGCCGAGACGUCAACGAGUGCGUCCUCGGAAUCGACACUUGUGGACCCGACCACCAGUGUGUCAACGACGAAGGCGGCUACCACUAUAUAAAUGAAUGCCUGGAGAAGGGUGCGAGUGCACUUUGUAAGAGUGGAAUCUGCGUGAACACCAAAGGGUCCUACCGAUGUGACUGUCCAUCUGGUUUCCGCCUUGGGAAAGGCGGCAAAUGCAUCGACAUCAACGAAUGCCAUGAGCGCGAUGGUAUUUGCACUUCUCGCCAGGCACGCGGGAUCUCAUUCAGUUGCGUCAACCUUUAUGGCUCCUAUCGGUGUGUAUCAGAGCGUUGCCCCUCCAUGUACUUGAAGCAGAAAAUUCCAAAUGGCUACAGAUGCACCCUGCUGCCUCAAUUUGAUUGCAAUACCUCCGAUCCAUUCUGCCUCAAGGAUAGGCCGCUGCAAAUAGAUCAUCUGCAUAUAGAAUUGCCAGCAAUUGUAACCGGGAGAAUGGUUCUGGGGGAAUUCGACUCAUCGUUGGUCAAGCGCGGAACUGUGAAUGUCGAACUUCUUGAGCACUUUGCCUAUCACACACGAACAAAGCGCCAUAUUUCCGUGAAGAAUUCUUUGAAGUUAGCCAUGAAGCCCUCGGACAGGCGGACUGUGCAACUUUUGCUCAUCAAACCGAUCGAAGCACCAGCCGAUGUGUUUGUGUCUGUCCGCUUAUCAGAAAUCAUUGGGCAGAGGAGCAAAAUCCGAUCAACCACGCGAUUUUAUUUAUACGCAACCGAAAACAAUAACUCAAACGCAACCGUAUUCAGUCGUGAUAUCGAGGACUUGAGGAACAGAAAAUGA